AGUCUGGGUGCGUUGCAUGCAGCAGGGUGGCUGGCAGAAGUCAGAGCGCAUCGAUAAGUUCCCAGCGUGUUGUUGCAGCGUCAUUCUGUUUGAAUGAAGUUCAGACUGAGAACUAGCCAACUCUUCAUUCGCGCCCCGGUGGAGUGAAACAGGAAAAAAUAAAGAGUUGAGGAAGUGAAAGCUUGCCAAAUAUGCCGGUGUUUACAGUAAAUGUGAAAUGGGGCAAAGAGAAGUUUGAUGCAGUAGAGCUUAACACUGAGGAGCCACCCAUGGUUUUCAAGGCUCAGCUCUUUGCCCUGACAGGAGUUCAGCCAGACAGACAGAAGGUCAUGGUGAAGGGAGGCACUCUGAAGGAUGAUGAGUGGGGAAACAUUAAACUGAAAAAUGGAAUGACCCUGCUGAUGAUGGGCUCAGCAGAUGCCCUGCCUGAGGAGCCUGCUGUCCGGCCUAUGUUUGUAGAAGACAUGACCGAGGAGCAGCUGGCCUCAGCGAUGGAGCUGCCUUGUGGGCUGACAAACUUGGGCAACACCUGUUACAUGAACGCCACAGUGCAGUGUUUGCGCUCUGUGCCAGAGCUCAAAACUGCCCUCAGAAGGUAUUCAGGUGCUCUGCGAUCUUCAGGGGCAAAUGCACCAUCGCAAUAUAUCACAGCAGCCCUUCGUGACUUAUAUGAGACCAUGGACAAGACCUCGUCCAGCCUCCCACCCAUUAUUUUGCUGCAGUUCCUUCAUAUGGCCUUUCCACAGUUUGCUGAGAAGGGGGACCAGGGACAAUACCUCCAGCAGGAUGCGAACGAGUGCUGGCUGCAGAUGAUGAGAGUGCUUCAGCAAAAAUUGGAGCCACUAGAGCCAGAGACUCCCAUGGAGACUGACUCUGAGAGCGGAGCUGCUUCUGCCUCUAUGAAGAAGAACUUCAUCGACCAGUAUUUUGGCGUAGAAUUUGAAACCUCCAUGAAAUGCACAGAGUCUGAGGAAGAGGAGCCAAUCAAGGGCAAGGAAAACCAGCUCCAGCUCAGUUGCUUCAUCAACCAAGAGGUCAAAUACCUUGCAACAGGACUAAGGCUGAGACUGCAGGAAGAAAUCACAAAAAUGUCUCCAUCCUUGGAGAGAAAUGCCCUGUAUAUAAAAUCUUCAAAACUCAGCCGCCUCCCUGCCUACUUGACUGUUCAAAUGGUCCGAUUUUACUACAAAGAGAAGGAGUCUGUCAAUGCAAAAGUCCUUAAGGAUGUCAAGUUCCCACUCAUGCUGGAUGUGUAUGAGCUGUGCACUGCGGAGGUCCAAGAGAAAAUGCUGCCCAUCAGGUCAAAGUUUAAGGAAGUUGAGGACAAGAAGCUAGAGAAACAGCAGCAAAAGUUGUUGAAGAAGCCAGAUGGAGCAAAAGAAGUGAAAUAUGAGCCUUUCUCAUUUCCUGAGGACGUUGGUUCCAACAACAGCGGCUACUACGACCUGCAGGCUGUGUUGACACACCAAGGCCGCUCUAGCUCAUCAGGUCACUAUGUGGGAUGGGUCAAAAGGAAAGAAGAUGAGUGGGUCAAGUUUGAUGAUGACAAGGUGAGUCUGGUGUCUCCAGAGGAUAUCCUGCGACUGUCUGGUGGCGGAGACUGGCAUAUAGCAUAUGUUCUACUGUAUGGCCCCCGGCGGCUGGAAAUACUUGAAAAGGAACAGUAGUUGUGGAAGAUUUCCUAGAAGACAAAGACAACAUCCAACACACAUACAAAUUGCCAUUUCCAAGCACUGUCUGCAUAGAUGUGCAAUAAAACUGGUGUCUUUAAAGAUUUCA